GGCGUUUUGGCCGUUUUUGGUGUGAUUUUCGCGAGUCGGACAGACAUGUGGCCACUCACUGUAGGCAUCGCAAAAGAAACUUCACUUCGCGACCCACUCUCACUCUCACACACCUCACCUCCUCACAUCUCUAAUCACUCAAACCCUCUCCAACAGGGCGUACCAAAAUUUAUUCUUCCUCGCCUCAUAUCUCAUCACCCACCCUCCUUCAACAAAUCUCAAAUCUUCAAGCACUGCUUGCUCUCCUCCAAAACCCCACCAUCAUACCUCUCCUUCACGUCCUUCUCCCUCCUCCUUUCCUACAACGCAGAACCCAGAACCUCACACAAAAAUGGAAAUAGCAUCAUCCCAGCCCUUCCAGAACACCCUAAGAACAUGUUCCUCAUCGCUGCAUCUCCCUCAGGCCCUAAAAUUGCUCUAUACCCCUCUAUCGCAAAGGGGGAAUUUCUAUUACGUCUUAGUCUCGGCUCCCCGCACAUGCUUCCCUCAAACACCCUGAAAAAAAUUCUCUGCUUUUAGACUGCACGCUCUCAUCGACUCCAAUGAAUUGAAAAUGUGCGCAAGAUCCAGCGCUGGAAAUGUGCUGUCAUAGUAUGCGUUCGUUGGAUGGAACAAGGUUGUGGGAGGGAGAAGUACGGUAAGGUACCUGGAUGGAGGGGAUGUGCAAAGCGAGUUUCUAUUAUCACAUAUAUACAUUGUGUUACGUGCGAGCCUUAAAUAGCUCAGCCUUGGGCUUGCUUUUAGUUUUGCUUUGCUUUAUGAGGGGAGUCUGCUUCCCUUCUUCAGUUUUCUUGCUUGAGAGAUUUCUCAUUGCAAUUGUU